AUGAGCUCACUGCCGCUCUUCAAAGACAUUGGCAAGGAGGUGCGCGACCUCUUCGAGAAGAACUUCCACUUUGACAUGGUGAAGAUGGAGAUGAAGAACAUGGCCUCGGGCGCCUUCGAGUACCAGGGCAAUCAGAAGUACAGCAUCAAGGACGGGAAAAUGGUGGGCGAGCUGGAGGCAAAGUACGAGACGAGCGGCUUCACGCUGGUCCCCAAGCUGACCACUGAAUCGGCGUUGAUCAACUGCGAGCUGAAGGUGAACCGACCGGAGCUGAAGGGCAUCGACGUCACCGUGGCCGGCGCCUUCCACCCGCACACUAUCACCAAGACGGCGCUCUCCUUUGGUGCCCUCUACCGCGGCCCGGACUACAACAUCGAGGUGGGCAACAAUAUGCCCGCCGACGGCAAAGGAGGUGCCGCCCAUCCACCGGCGCCGCCCGGUGGCCACGGACUGCGUGCCAAUGGAGUGUUCAACCUUUACGGCUGGACGGUGGGCGCUUCUGGAAAUCUCGACCCAAAUGGAAUGAAGCUCUCCAACUGCAUUCUGGUGGGUGGCUUUAAAGAACAGGGUAAAACCUCAAUCUUUGUAAACUGGGCCACCGGUGAUUCUUUGUACAUCAUUCUUGGCGUGGAGAAGACGGCGGCGCCGGAUGAAAUAAAGCGUAGCUAUCGACGACUCGCCCUGAAGUACCACCCGGAUAAGAACCCGAACAACCCGGAAGCGGCCGAGAAGUUCAAGGACAUCAAUCGAGCAAACUCUAUUCUCUCUGAUGAGCAGAAGCGCAAGCUGUACGACAAUUACGGCUCAAUGGGCCUGUACCUCGCGGAACAGCUCGGCGAGGAGAACGUUGGCGCCUACUACCUGCUCACCUCGGGCUGGUGCAAGGGCAUUCUUCUCACCUGCGGCGUCCUCACCUGCUGCUACUUCUGCUGUUGCUGCUUCUGUUGCUGCUUCAACUUUUGCUGCGGCCGUUGCAAGCCGAAGCAGCCCGACGAGGAGUUUAACUUUAGUGCU